ACCCAGUGAUGCUUUGCGGCAAGCGGCCAACUGAAAGCUAACAAGAUGGCGGUGGCAGUAGGAUCUUUGCAAGCCCAGCUUGAGAAAGCAAAAGAAAGUUUGAAAAAUGUAGACGAUAAUAUUCGUAAAUUAACUGGUCGUGAUCCCAAUGAACUAAGACCUGGCCAGGCUAGACGGCCAACCAUCGCAGGCAUUGGUGGAGGUAGGGGACGAGGAAUCAACUUAUUGAGACGUGGACUCUCUGACAUCGGCGGAGGACCUGGAGGACCCCCAGCAAAACAGAGGGAUAUUGAAGGGGCCCUCCUGAGGCUGGCCGGUGACCAGCGAGCGAGGAGAGAUUCACGCCAUGACAGUGACGCUGAGGAUGAUGACGAUGUCAAAAAGCCAGCGUUGCAGUCAUCAGUAGUAGCUACCUCCAAAGAGCGUACACGUCGAGACCUUAUCCAGGAUCAAACCAUGGAUGAAAGGGGAAAACAAAGGAAUCGACGCAUGUUUGGCCUGUUGAUGGGAACAUUACAGAAAUUCAAGCAGGAAUCCAAUGUGGCAACAGAUAGGCAAAAGAAACGCAUUGAGAUCGAACAGAAAUUGGAAGUUCAAGCUGAACAAGAACGCAAGAAAGUGGAGGGUGAAAGACGAGAGCUCUUUGAGGAGAGACGUGCCAAGCAGACAGAGCUGAGACUGUUGGAACAGAAAGUGGAGCUUGCACAGUUGCAAGAGGAGUGGAAUGUGCACAACACAAAAAUUGUGAAGUACAUCCGCACAAAGACCAAGCCGCCCAUUUUCUAUCUGCCCGGGAGGAUGUGUUCAGCCACCCAAAAGCUCUUAGAGGAGUCUCAGAAAAAAAUGAAUGCUAUGUUUGAUGAGAGGCGAGAGGCAUUUGCCGAGCAUUUGAAUAAGAUGGAGGCUCGGCCUCGGCGCCAGCCUCAGAGGGACAACCCUUUGGGUAAGGACCUGAAGAAAGAAGAUCAAGAGGAGGGUAAGCCCACUGGUCAGGUAGUCAAAGUGACAGGUAACCGGUUUGAUGUGGAGAUGGAGGAUGAGGAGGAGGAAGACGAGGCAACCGUAGAGGAGGACAUGAAGAAAGACAGAGAUGAGGGUGUAAAGGGUACUGAGGACAGGAAGGAAAAACGAGGAGAGGCAGGAGAGAAAGCCAGGGAUCACGAGUCUAAGAAGGGGGAUUCCAUGGUAGCUGAGGAUGAGGACAGUCGAGACACUAGAAUAGUGGAGUUAAGGGAGGUGGAUGACCAGAUGGAAGUAACUGCAGUGGUGGUGACGGAGGCUGAGGGGCAGGCCAGGGAGGUGGCUCAGAAUAAGAUUGAGGAUAGUCCAGUGGUGGCCGGGGACGAGGUAGGUGAGGCAGGAGUAGAACAGCAGAAACCAGUCGAGGUUGAAACGGAGCCCGUUCAGGAUCAGGACCCCACCGUGGUGGUGAGCGACCAGGAGAAGGCCGUUGAAAUACCACCAGUUGAAGAUAAAGAAGAGCCACGUACUGAAGAAGGGGUCGUUCCCCUGCUCUCAGAGCCCAGUCCAAGUGUGGAAGUCUCUGAUGUAACAUCUGUGACCCCUGAGGUGCAGAUCCCCCUGGCGGAUGCUGGAAGGCAGCCAGAGCCUGUCACCGUGGUGCAGAGCAAGGAGGCUGAUGAAGGUGCAGUGAGGCAGAACGCUGAUACCCACCUUUCCCAGACCCAUGUUACCACUGCCCCCAAGGAGCUGGAGCCUGUGAGCGAGGAUGCCAGUAGGGGGCGUAAAAAGUCCAAGUCAAAGGACAAGAAAGGAAGUGGGGGUGGCCGGAGCAGCAGUAGCUCCUCAAGCAGUUCCUCUGGCUCCUCAUCCAGCGGGAGCUCUGGCUCCUCUUCUAGUGGCUCCUCAAGCAGGAGCAGCUCAUCCAGUGGCAGCUCCUCCUCCAGCUCCUCUAGCAGGAGCCGCAGUCGGGGGAGGAAGGACCGGAAGCGUAGGAGGAGGCCAUCUGAGAGAGAGGGGGAGAGGGACAGGAAGAAGGCAGGCGGUGAAAGGAGCCAGAACUCAUCCAAAGGCAAUGGUCGUGAAUCCAAAGGUUCGAAAGACAAGGGCUCCAAGUCUGACAGGAAAAGGACUACUUCUGAGGGCAGCCGGUCAGGAAAGAGGUCUUCUCGUGGUGACAGGGAUCGCAAGUCUGAUAGGAAGGAAAAAAGGCGUUAAUUCUGCUGUCAUGCUCAAUUUAGUUUUUCUUUUGAGAAACAUUUCGUAACUGAAAUGUGUUCUGGGUUUCCUUUUUAAGUAGGAAUUCUUGAGGAGAGGAAACUAAGCUGCCUUAGUGUAUUUCUUGGAACGAUGUUGGGUUUUAUUCCUUAAAGGUAAUUUUUUUUUCUCUAGUCGCCAAUCAGUUUUGACCUUGUCCUGCUGCGCCAGUUUUUAGGACUUCUUUUACUUUUGUUUUUAUUACAUUUUUGUAUGGUCUUUUACUGUAAUUGAGGAAUCAUUUUCUCUCCAAACAGUGACGUUUUAAUUGUUCUAAGGCAUAGUGCGAAAUCAGUGUCUUGCGUACUUGUAUUCUUUGAAUCCAGUGUUGUCGUAGUAUUUGGUGAUUGUGUAUUUUUCUUUUGUGUAAUGUUGAACAAUUGUACUUUGAAUUGAAGGCCUCAGUUUGACCAUGCCUAGCUCUGUAUUGUGCAAGACGUGAAUCUUUUUUGUACGAAGCCAACUUAAGCAUCUACAAUAAAAACAUAAGGAGAUUA